AUAUACUUUUGCACUUGUAAUGUGCAUUACUCAUCAUUGCAUUUUAUCUUAUAAUCGUAUGGAUUAUGAGAAAGAAAAUCGUACACAUUAUAAACAAAUAUUAUAUACUCAAAGUCACAAAAGUAACUGUCUUCAAAUGAAAAGGCAUUUGCGAUGCUAAAUGUAAUAACAAAUAACGUUUAAAUGAAAUCAUUUAGGAAUUAUUUUUAUGAAAGAUGUCAUAAAAGUCAUUUAUUAUUGAAAUGAAAUUUUUCUUUAUAAAUAUUUUGGCAAUAAUGUGUGAUGAUAUCUAUAUUAUCUAUGAAUUGAUUAUUGCGCGACUUUAUAAAAUACAAUCGACGUAUUCCGCGCGAUUACUAAUCCAACAAUUUAUAGAGAGAUAUGAGAGAGACGGUUUCUCUUUCUCCCCUCCUUCUUUUUUUGUCACGAUAAGAUUCGCUCUUAUACAUGUUCGCAUUUAUUCGUUGUCAGUCUGUCCGAGUCAUUCGUUUGUUCGUUAUUCUCGCCUCGUGAUGGAAUUAUUUUCAUCCUUACUUUUGUCGCCGUUCUGGUUGCUAGUGACUACUCUGGUCAUUAUCGGCGUCUACAAAUUUGUCGCACAGGUGCAUCAUGUAUAUUUUUAUUGGAAGAAUAAAGGUAUUCCUUCUCAACCCGAUUCACUGCGGUCUUUCCUUACGGGUUGGAGUGUAUUUCUACGUCGUAUGUCUCUUGUCGACUAUUCUCUUUUUCUAUACAAUUGCUUUCCGGACACCAAGUAUUACGGAAUGAUGGAAAUGAGCAAACCUGUCAUAUUUCUGCGUGAUCCUGAACUGAUUAAGGAUAUAUUGGUAAAGGAGUUUGAACGUUUCCAUGAUCAUCGUACCUUCGCGGACGGUGUGAUAGACGAACCGUUAUUCAGUAAGAACAUUUUCGCUUUGCGCGGAGAUCGUUGGAGGGAAAUGAGAAACACACUAAGUCCCUCUUUCACCGCUAACAAAAUGAAAAUUAUGUUAGAUUUGGUAUCAAAGUGUGCUAGUGAAUUCGUCAAUUACCUGGACGAUCAUCCGGAACUCUGCGUUGAAGUUGACACGAAGCAGAUUUUUAGACGUUAUACAACCGACGUAAUUGCCACAACAGCUUUUGGCAUAAGCGUGAAUUCUAUGAAAGAUCAAAACAACGAAUUCUACACGAAGGGAUUAGAGAUAAUACAGUCUUUCAAUGGCGGAGUACUAGUUAUGGUCAGAUUUCUGCUUAUACUUACAUUUCCACGUAUUGCUAAGUUGCUCGGUAUGUCGAGACUUGUUCCAUCAUCUACGUCCGAGUUUUUUAAGAGAAUCGUUGCAGAGACCAUCAAAACUCGAGAGGAGCAAGGUAUUAUCAGGCCGGAUAUGAUUCAUUUACUAAUGCAAGCUCGAGACAAGGAUGGAGUUGACAACCAGAAAUUAACGUUGGAAGACAUCGUUUCGCAAGCUUUCAUCUUUUUCUUAGCCGGUUUUGAAACAGCCUCGAUACUGAUGUGUUUUGUUGCUCAUGAGCUGGCGGUUAAUCAAGAUAUUCAAGAUCGCUUACGCGAGGAAGUACUAAAGAAUCUCGACGAAGGAAACAAUAUAUCUUAUGAAUCGCUAUCGAAGAUGACUUAUAUGGACAUGGUGGUUUCUGAAACACUCCGAAAGUAUCCACCAGUGAUUUUUAGCGAUAGACAGUGCACUAAAAGUUACGAACUGCCUCCGCCGAAGCCAGGUUGUAAGAGCGUAAUUGUUGAACCUAAUCACUUCAUAAUGAUACCCGUUUACGGUUUACAUCAUGAUCCUAAAUACUAUCCGAAUCCGGACAAGUUUGAUCCCGAAAGAUUCAACGAAGAAAACAAGGACAACAUUAAUCCGUAUACUUACUUGUCCUUCGGACAGGGACCUAGAAAAUGCAUCGGCAAUCGAUUUGCUCUUAUGGAAACCAAGAUUCUGGUGGCUCAUCUCUUACAAAAAUUUAUCCUGAAGAGAACGGAAAAAACUGUCGAGCCUGUCAUAUUCGAUAAGAAAAAUUUCAACCUGCAACCUAUAGGUGGAUUCUGGAUCAGGUUGGAGAAAAGAGAAACGUGAUACGCUUAUGAAAUACAGUAAUUAUUUUCUGGUAGUUGCAAAGCAGCGUAUUUACAACUUUAGAGAUAUUUCGUGUAUAAUUUUUCAGUCUUGAGAAAUAUAAUUGUAUAUAAUUUUUCAGCUUUUGAAGAAGUUAGUUAAAGUUUAAGAUUUACUUACGACACAUCAUUAUUGUUCCAUUUAAAUAUUAAAUUUUAAUAUUUUAUGUUUUAUAUGUAUA